AUGCGCAGCUCUGUCGGCAGCAGUCGUAGCAGCAGCAGCAGGAGUACUGCAGCAGCAGCAACAGCAGCAGCAGCAGCAGCAGCAGGGGUCUUCAAGAUAAAAGCGAAUUCUAGUCCGCUAAAGACAAGCCCACCGUGGGGCCCCUGGUGGCCGCUGUUGCUGCUGCAGCACAACGAGCAGGCGCAUCAGCAACUAGCGCCGCAGCAGCAGCAGGAGCUGCAGCAGCUCCUAGCCGCUGCUGCUGCCAUGCAGGGCUCCAGCGACUCCCCCAGCAGCUCUCCAACAGCAGCAGCAGCAGCAGCAACAGCAGCAGCAGGAGCAGCUAGUCCCGACAGGGCGGAUCCCGGGGCAGCAGCAGCGCCUUCAGCUUCGAGCCCAACUGACCAAGGAGCAGCAGCAGCGCAAACAGCAGCAGCAGCAGCAGCAGCAGCAGCAGCAGCAGGUGGCAGACUGCCGCUCUCCCCCGGCGACUCCGACGCGUCCCCAAAAGCAGCAGCAGCAGCAGCGCAAACAGCAGCAGCAGCAGCAGCAGCAGCAGCAGCAGGUGGCAGACUGCCGCUUUCCCCCGGCGACUCCGACGGCCCAAAAGCAGCAGCAGCAGCAGCAGCAGCAGAGUGGCUGGGCCGUUUGCUGCCGCCGCCUUCGCAGCCUGCUGCUGCUGUUGCUGCUUGUCUUUGCUGCCACGUGCGGCAGCUGCAGUUCAUAUUUGCUGCUGCUCCCAGGGCCAUUCACUUCGCCCUUUGGGGCAGAAGAGUGCAGCUCCUGUGGCUGCAGGGCUUCGUGACCAAAGUGGACGAAGAGGCGAACUUGUUGACACUGGACGACGGGACGCAGACACUCGAGAUUGCCUUCGACUUCGGGCACCGCCUGCAGCAGCAAGUGCAGCAGCAGCAGCAGCAGCAGCAGCAAUCGCAGCAGCAGCAGCAGCAGCAGCAAUCGCAGCAGCAGCAGCAGUGCCGGUGCCUUGCUGCUUGCGUCUGCGGGCGCCGCAGCUUUUGCUGCAGCAGCCACGCAGCACUUAUUGAAGCAGCAGAAACAGCAAAGUUUGCUGCUGUCUUUGUCCGCCCCUGCCCCAUUAUACUGCAGCACGAGGCCCUCGCUGAGUUCCGGCUCGAAAGACUUUCUCUCGCGCCUUCCGCCGACCCCAACGCCGAGACCGAGUGGCUGCUGCACGUGCGCCAGCAAACCCUAAACCCUAAACCCUAA